UUGCAUCAUGCAUGUCAACUUGAGUCUCACUACAUUCCCACUGGGUAGAGAUUCAAGCCCAUCUUGUCGAAUCACCCUCAACGGCGCAGAUGCCCGAGAUUUACUGCUUCUCUCCAUGCCUGCGCAUUGCCCGUUGCAUGCCGCCGCCCAUAUGCCAGCCCUGAUAAAGACGUACCCAGUUAGCGAUGCUGGCAUGCGCAAUCAUCUCGCAGCACAUGUGGCGUACGGAUAGUCGGCCAGGUUGUGUCGUUGGGCAGAAAGAAGUGUUGGGCAAUUUUCGGAAGCUUUGCUAUCUGCACGGCCCUAAUAUAUUUCGGCUCUCUUUCGGACUCCAGCACAAACUAUUGCAAGCGGUCGUUGCAGAUAUUGAAGCCCUUGCUUUUGGCGGAUGCAUACGUGGCAUAUUCAAAGAUUGUCGCGGCGAAGACGUAAAGAGUGUCACUGGCCCAGCGUCAUUCAAGUGUCACACUACAACCGUCUCGCAAUAUUUACGUACAAGGGCAGGACGCCCAAAGGCCGGUCACGACAUACAGAACCUGGAGCUACUACAUGACAAGAAGCUUUUGGAAGAUCUGCAUAUCACAGGCUGCAUCACACUGAGUGGAGGUUCUCCAAACCCACUACCCCAGAUAGCUGCUGGCCGUGCUCCUGGGAGUUGCUAUGAUCGGAAGGCUAUACGAUUUCAUGUAACACAUGGUUCUGUACGUAUAGCAUGUCCCGGCAUGGUGCAUCGGAUCUCGACUCCCACAACAGCCGUGGAAUCUCGGCAUGACUGUUUGGGGCGGGCGGUGUCUGGCUUCGGGCCUCUGAGCUUCUAUUUUUACCUAUCCUGGCCUGCGUUGGGUCACUUGGAUAAUCACAAGCUACCCCUGCGUCUGAACCUUUGAAUUCGGCCGAGGGGCAUGUCGAUCGACGCUCCGUCAGCAAGGGGUGCACGACUUUGGUGCCAGCACGUACGUACGUACGUAUUCUUCGGUGAAUUCCCUCCAACGUUGUUGUCGGCCAUGCGCUGCCUACAUUGAGUCACGCAUGACCAACCUUGAUUCUGCUGGUUGACUCGGCAGGGUUGGCGGCGCCCCGGAUGGAAUGCAACUAGACUCUGAAAUUUCGUGCCGUGCCGUGCCGC